CAGUGACAUCAGCCUGACUGAUCGCUGUUUGUUUCACAGGGGUCUUUCACGUAUUAAGGGAAAAGUGAAUAUGUUUACUCGAGUCUUGGUUUGUUUAACAAGCCAGUUAAUAUUGUGUAAAUCAAAACCCAGAUUUCAGCAGCCCACGUGGGAUAAGACCCCUCUGACAUACUGCGAAUCACUUUGCAUUUACUAAGUUGGUAAUAACACUGUGGGACGUGUCGCGCAAUGCAAGGGUACCUGCAGGCAUGCUUUCAUUUACAAGUAUUCUGUGAUUAAAAAGAGAGUUUGUUGUCGAAGUACACUACCCCAAAACAGUAGCUUAGAUAGUGAAUCUGCGCUGAAUCCUUGUCUCUGGAUGUCUGAAUGCAGCCUGAUCGCCGAAUGUAACUUGAUCCUUGUCGGGGUGACCAAACCUACGCAGUCUCCACGCAAACCUCCAAUUAAAUCUGCGCUAUACUUCAGCUACAGGAUCACCAUGGUGGAGUAUGAAUACUAUGACCAUGACAAUGGCAGUGACAAUUUCAGCUACGAAGACUAUCACACAGUGUGCCAAAAGGAGGAUGUGCGUUCCUUUGCCAGAAUCUUCCUGCCCAUCAUUUAUUCCCUAGCGCUGGUGGUCGGGCUGGCAGGAAACGCAGUGGUGGUGGCCAUCUACGCAUACUACAAGAAGCUGAAGACCAUGACAGACGUGUUCAUCCUGAACCUGGCAGUGGCCGACCUCCUGCUGCUGUUCACGCUGCCCUUCUGGGCAGCCAAUGCCGUGGUUGGCUGGGAGCUGGGCGUGGCCAUGUGCAAAGUCACCUCCUCUCUCUACGUCACCAACUUCAGCUGUGGCAUGCUCUUUCUGGCUUGCAUCAGUGUGGACCGCUACCUGGCUAUCUUUCACAGCAGGCCAGGCCGCACCCUUCAACGACGGAGUUACCUUAGGGUGUGCUUGGGAGUAUGGGCCCUGGCAUUCAUCCUAGGUAUCCCGGAUGUGGCCCUUUCUACAGUCCGGCAUAUGUCCAGCAGGAAGGUCUGCAUGCCUGUCUACCCACCAAGCAUGGCCCAGCCCACGAAAGCCUCCUUGGAGAUUCUGGAAGUCCUCCUCAGCUUUCUCCUGCCCUUCUUAGUCAUGCUGUUAUGCUACACUCGGGUGGGCGUGGCCCUGCUUAGGACCCCAGAAGCACGCUUGGGGAAGAAGUGGAGGGCCUUCAAGGUGCUCCUGGCAGUAGUGGGGGCCUUCAUCAUCACCCAACUGCCGUACAACGUUGUCAAAUUCUGCCGAGCCAUGGAUGUCAUCUAUUCCUUGGUGGUCCACUGUGAAACGAGCAAGAGGCUGGACCGAGCCAUGCAGGUAACUGAGGGCCUGGCGCUGACACACAGCUGUCUGAACCCCGUGCUCUACGCCUUCGUCGGAGCCUCCUUCAGCCAGCACCUCCUGCAGUUUGUCAAGGGCUUUGGUGAGCGCAGGAGGAGGAGGAAGCAAGAGCAGGAACCAGCACCUGUCGAGAUCUCCCUAAACUCCCAUAGCACUUCUGAGGACACCAGCACCUUCUCCAUCUGAGGCAGAGCAGAUGAAGCUUCUACAGGUGCUUCCAGCACACCGCUUACCACUGUGCACCUUGACUCAUGAAAAUUUACCACCGUGAUAUAAUUUCUGUUUACAUUCUUAUAUAUUGUUUACAGUCUUAUUUUCUUAUAUACAACAGAAAUAUCCAGUACAGAAAUGUCAGUAAUUGAGAUGUAAAUGUGCUUCCUGCAUGUUUACUCAACAAAUCCUCUUUAUGAACUUUAUAA